AUGUUCCAAAAUGCGGUCCAGUGCGGCGUGUCCAAUAUAUUUGUGGACUCCGCGCGGGACGCAUCGGUUCGCACCCCUUCGGUGUCGCAACGGACUACAGCACGUACCUCGACUCUUGGUUGCCUGGACACUCGACGUUCCCCGCACGCCGUUACGUCAGCAUGCGCCUCUUCUACGGAGCGCUGGGUCUUUCAUUCGUCCGAGGCGCCGGAACCUCUACUACUGCGGCAUAACAUCCGUGGAGGCCGACGCCUUCCUGGGCCUCGAGGCUUUCGUUCAUCUUUGCUGCUGUGUGUGUCGACAGAGUAACGUAGCACAAUUUGAUUGAGCAGUUUGAAUCUCGGGACUGUCAAGCUGCAGCGUCGCUGUGUAGCCACAUAUUAUGAGAAUAUUGUGGAAUGCUCUUGGUCCUUUCUCCUUGGCUGUAGGAAUGUUCUUCGUGGAUGAUAGUACAUUAGCCC